GGUGGAGGCCCGUCGGAGUGAAAAGUACCACUGCUUCAUCAUCCUUCCCUCCCGACUCACUACUCACUACUACUUACUACUAACUACUUACUACCACUCUUACUUCCUCUCCACUUGGGUCCUUUGCUCAUUCUCUUGCUAAUCGAAACCCGGGGAUCCUCAUCCUUUUGCCCUCCCGAAUAUUCUAAAAUCCCUCAUGGCUAUACCUCAUUCUAUCACCCACAACUACCCUCUCUGCUACCUACUAAUCUCCCAACCGAGAUGAAAUGACAUCCCCAUCCAUGCAGUCGAUCCGUGGCUGUGCCAGCUCUUCCCCUUCUUUUCUUCCCCCCAUCUAGUGUCUAGCUGGUCUAAGCUCCUCCCCUACGUAGCUGUUUACCCUCUUUUUCCUCUCACCUGGAUUUUUUUUGGUCAUAUUCAACUAAUUAUUUUUUCUUUUCCCUUCCCUUCGCUAUCACCACCUCCACCCACUUUCUACGUAUAAAUCCUCCCUUCCCUCCCAUUGACUUACCACCACCAUCAUGCCCAUCCGCUCCUCUUCCUCCCUCCUCCUUCUUCUUACUCCCCUCACCCAUCAAUCGUUAAUCCGAAGGAAUGCUCAUCGACGGCGAAAAGUGGGCAUGUGAAGCUUGUGUCCGCGGCCAUCGUGUGACCACCUGCAAACACAAUGAUCGACCCCUAAUCCGCAUCAACCGCAAAGGUCGUCCCUUUGCGACCUGCUCCAUCUGCAACUGCACUCCCUGCGAAAGCCCCGAAGAGCACGCCAAGCUCAAACGUGAGACCGAACAUCAUCAUCCUUCUUCAUCCUCAAAACGAGCUGCUGGCCGUUCUCCGCGACUCUCGGCGUCUCCGACGACGUUUUUACCCAUUGCGCCGCGGCCGUCAAUUUCGCCGAGUACUAGUGCCGCCGCGAAUGCGAAUUCCCCCCUUCCUGCUGCUGCGGCGGCGGCGGCGGCUGGCGCAUACGCCUCUGUUUCCGCUGCGACGACUCUCCCAGGGUGUACUACGGCAACAGCAGCAGGAUAUCUCUCCCCACCACCAAUCGCAUCCCUCCCGCCAUCAUUCUGCUCCAUGGCCGCCACCCAUGACAGCAUGGCCAUGUCCAUGGCGAAUCCAUUGCUGGUGGACACGCAUCGCAUGUACAGCGACCUGGCCGUAUCCUUUGCAGAUAGCAAUGCCAUCUACGCGCUCGAUGAAAUGGGAUUAGAUGACGUCAGCGCGACAAUGCUCGCGGCAGAUCCUGUCUUCCAGGGCAAUGACUGGGAUUGGUUACACGACGAUCACCACGAUGGUGGUGUGCUCUAACAUUUGUGGAUCCUCUUGUGUCUUGCAGAUCGAAUCUUAUUCUGUGGAGAUACGAGAGGGUCGUUCGGAUAGGGGCGGUGGUGGGAGGGAUCAAGUCCGAAAAAAUGAUCCGGCGGGGAAGGGUUGUAUAUAUGAAGUUAUGAGAAACACGAACUGUGACGGUUGAAGUUGGCCACAUGGACCCAGUCGGGAUCAACAGCACCUAUCUAUCUAUCUACUUACUUGAACUGGUUCCGCUAGUAGAGAGCAUUGCAUUGCAUUACAUGUGCAUGAGCAUGAGCAUGUAUAUAGCAUGGGGCAGGCUGAAUUGAUUUUACUGCAUAAGGUUCAUUACCUACUGUGUCAAAAUGCGAUAACAAUUGAUGAGAAGAUGAUUUCGAUAUCUGAAAUACUAACUUGAGACAGAGUGGUAUCAGACACUCCAAAACAUGUCUAGAUAAGUAAAAUGACAUCUGAACUUAGUCAUGUGCAGGAACAGAAACUAAACAUGUCGGAUUUGGUGGGGGGUGGCCUAACCAGG